UUGCGGCGGAAAUCCUGCUGCCCGCUGCGUCGCGCCCCCGGGCCCCUUCUAAUGCCACAUCCGCUUCCACCGAAAGAGACCCUCGGUGACGCCUUCGAGGGUACCCUGAUGUGAGCUGGUGUGAUUCGGAGAACUGGGCUCUAAUUCUUUGCUCCUGAUUGCUUACUAACUUUGAGGGCGAGUAUAUGAAAACGAGCGCCAUUUGGGUGAUAAAGAACUACCGCUUUUGUGAGUGCCCGGCAUUUGCCAAGAGAAUGGCACCUGUUGCAAAACGCAGUGGGGUGUUUACGAGUGAGGAAACGAGGCUCACGGUAACUGAUUAGCCCAAGGUGCCACAAUUCAGCUGCAGACAAGAGGAAAGCUUUAGAAGAGACCAAAGCCUACACAACUCAAUCCCUAGCUAGUGUUGCUUAUCAGAUAAAUGCAUUGGCCAACAAUGUACUCCAGUUGCUGGAUAUCCAAGCCUCUCAGCUUCGGAGAAUGGAGUCUUCCAUCAAUCAUAUCUCACAGACCGUGGACAUUCACAAAGAAAAAGUGGCUCGGAGAGAGAUUGGUAUUUUGACAACAAAUAAGAAUACAUCAAGAACUCACAAAAUAAUAGCACCUGCAAACAUGGAGCGUCCUGUAAGGUAUAUUCGGAAACCUAUUGACUAUACAGUUCUGGAUGAUGUGGGCCAUGGUGUCAAGUGGCUAAAAGCCAAGCAUGGAAAUAACCAGCCUGCAAGAACUGGCACACUGUCGAGAACAAAUCCUCCUACUCAGAAACCACCGAGCCCUCCCAUGUCAGGCCGGGGAACGCUGGGACGAAAUACUCCUUAUAAAACUCUGGAACCUGUUAAGCCCCCAACAGUUCCUAAUGACUACAUGACAAGUCCUGCUAGGCUUGGAAGUCAACAUAGUCCAGGCAGGACAGCUUCUUUAAACCAGAGACCAAGGACACACAGUGGAAGCAGUGGAGGGAGUGGAAGUCGAGAGAACAGUGGAAGCAGCAGUAUUGGCAUUCCCAUCGCCGUGCCUACACCUUCACCGCCCACUGUUGGACCAGCCCCGGGCUCAGCUCCUGGUUCCCAGUAUGGCACAAUGACCAGGCAGAUUUCUCGACACAACUCUACCACUUCCUCGACAUCUUCUGGUGGAUACAGACGAACUCCCUCUGUGACUGCUCAAUUUUCUGCUCAACCUCAUGUUAAUGGAGGUCCACUUUAUUCUCAGAAUUCAAUUUCUAUUGCUCCACCCCCUCCCCCUAUGCCUCAGUUGACUCCACAGAUACCUCUCACAGGCUUCGUGGCCAGGGUGCAGGAAAACAUUGCUGACAGUCCAACUCCACCACCACCACCUCCCCCAGAUGACAUUCCCAUGUUUGAUGACUCUCCACCUCCGCCACCACCACCUCCAGUGGAUUAUGAGGAUGAGGAGGCUGCAGUAGUUCAGUAUAAUGAUCCAUAUGCAGAUGGGGAUCCUGCUUGGGCCCCCAAAAAUUAUAUUGAGAAAGUUGUGGCAAUAUAUGAUUAUACGAAAGACAAGGAUGAUGAGCUUUCCUUCAUGGAGGGUGCAAUCAUUUACGUAAUAAAGAAGAAUGAUGACGGCUGGUAUGAAGGAGUCUGCAAUCGAGUGACUGGUCUGUUCCCUGGGAACUAUGUUGAAUCAAUCAUGCACUAUACUGAUUAAAGGUUUUGCUUUUAAAGUAGGUUCUUAUUACUCAGUCAUACUGUGGGACUAUUAUGGUUAACAGACUUGUCUUAAAAUGUUUUAAAAUGUGCCCAUAUUUUCAGGACAUGCUGUUUUAUUGGUAUAAUUGAAUGUCUACCUGUAAGCAUAAAUCUUAGAGGCAGUUUGUGUAUUGCUAAAUGGCAAUUUAUACAAGAGGCUGUCUGUAACUGAUUAUGCUUAUAUGCUUACUUACACAGUUAACUCUAUGACCAGCCUGAGUAUUCUGGGGGUGUGGGAUAUGAUAUUUAACAAAUCAUGAUUCAGAUUGUACCAUUACGUUUCAGUGCAGCAUGGUUACUAACGCUAUGUCAGACUAAUACUAAAAUCAGAAAAUUUCAAUCCUGGUGCUGGUCAUACUUUUUGUUUAGACUUUCUCAUUCUUGAAAUAUAUUAUUUGUUUAAAGCAUGCAUACAAAUUUAUGUAUUGAAAUAUACUUAAAUCCAAGAUGCUUCCAAUUUGUGUAAUAUUUACUUGGAGUACUCGUACUUAGGUCUCUUGAAAUGAAUUGAGUCUCUAAGGUCUCCAUGUGAAACAAAACAAAGGGUUAUCUGUAAUGUAAUUUGUACUUAAGUUUUUUAAUGAGUGAAUUUGCAUUAUAAAUUUUUUUCAUUCAUAAAUACAUAAGUGAACCAAAGGUUUUUGUCCUUUCCUUCACUGGUUUGCUUUUAAAAUAAAUGAAUAAAUGAAUAAAUAAUUAAAUAAAUAAUAAAAGAUACUGAUUUAUUGCAGAAUUAUGGUUCUAUUUUCUCAAUAUAUUAACUUGGAAAAAAAUUUUAGCCUUAUCUCACCCUGUCCCAAUGGCAGUGACUGAUUUUUGCAGAUUUAAAAUCUGAGAUGGGUAUUUACAAGUCAAUCUACUGAACUCCUUUUCUAAAGUAACUUUUGCAAAGCUAAGAAAAUGUGUUCAAGUGUGUGCACAUUCUGUAAGUAAAAUUCUUAGGGACUGCUGUAUCAGUCCUUUGGUUUUCCAGUGGAUUGUUGUAUACUGGGCUCAAUGAAAGGAAAUUAUAAGUAUCUUUUACAUGUUGUUUUUGUAGAACUGGGUGCAACUGACUUUUGAAUAGGCACUGUUUAAAUCCAUUACCUGUCACUGGCAACAUAAAAAGGUUUUAAAAAGAUAAUUCAAAAAAAGGUGGAUCAUGUAUUAAUCAGUGAACAGGGAUAUACCUGGCCAACAGAUUGAAAUGCAACACAUGCACUUUGUGUGUCUCCUCUUAAUUUAAGGGAAGGUUGGAGGGAUGUUUUUUUUUCUCAUCUUGUGUGUAAUUCUCUAUUGCCUAGGAUAUUAAAGUAGAGCACUCAAGUGUGGGUUUCUGUGUAUUGAGGAUCUGUUUGGAUUUUAAAUUACAAUUAUUAUGUACUGGGUGUUACAGACUUAUAACAGCAUAGUAAAUGGUUAAAACUAGUGCAAAACAUUUAUUUCUGAAAAUUAAAGGCCAUUAUUACUACCAAAUCAAUGUGACUGUUGUAUAUGCAUUUUGCCUUGUUAAUUUUAAACAUGAUUUCAGUAUCACUAGUGAUCAGCUAGCUACCUUUUUCAUUUUUUCAAGUGGAAUGUUCUCUUAAUUUUGUAUAUAACCUGUUGUCUAAAUUUUAUGUACAGUCUUUUAUAAUAAACCAUUCUCCUAUAUGAAAUUUUGGAUACUGUUAAAAUCUAAUGUGGAUUGAAAUGUAGACUUCACAGUCUUUGUGACCUUUACUCCUAGGGUGAAACAUGAUAAACCAUUUGAAUUUUAACAUUGA